AUGAACGUCACAACAAAAAACACAGCGGCGAUGACGUAAUUUUCUCCGACGCGGAGAUGAGGCGUUAACACGCGCGGGUGACGUCACGCCGCCGGCCCAGACGGAGAAGUUCGCUUACAAUAGCGGAGGCGGGCAGGAGGUAGCGGGUAUUGAUUUUAUCCGCCGCUGAAGAUGAUGAUAAUAUGACGCAAGGCAAGAAAAAGAAGAGGGUAAAUCGCAGCGUGAUGCUCGCCAAAAAACUCAUCAUCAAGGAGGGCGGCGCGCCUCGUGGAAUUGGCCAGCCGAGCGUCUACCACGCAGCCUUCGUCAUCUUCCUCGAGUUCUUCGCAUGGGGGCUUCUCACCGCACCCACGCUGACCGUGCUGCACGAGACCUUUCCCCAGCACACGUUCCUCAUGAACGGCCUCAUACAGGGUGUCAAGGGCUUGCUGUCGUUUCUCAGCGCGCCUCUCAUUGGCGCGCUCUCCGACGUCUGGGGUCGCAAGUCCUUCCUGCUGCUCACUGUCUUCUUCACCUGCGCACCCAUCCCGCUCAUGAGGAUCAGUCCCUGGUGGUACUUUGCCAUCAUCUCCGUGUCGGGGAUCUUCUCGGUCACCUUCUCCGUGGUGUUCGCCUACGUGGCCGACGUGACGCCCGAGCACGAGCGCAGCUCCGCAUAUGGCCUGGUGUCGGCGACGUUCGCGGCCAGCCUGGUGACCAGCCCGGCGAUCGGCGCGUACCUGAGCACGGCGUACGGCGACGGGCUGGUGGUGGCGCUGGCCACCGGCGUGGCCCUGCUGGACAUCGCCUUCAUUCUCGUCGCCGUGCCUGAGUCGCUGCCCGAGAAGAUGCGGCCGGCCUCGUGGGGGGCGCCCAUCUCCUGGGAGCAGGCCGACCCCUUCGCUUCUCUGCGUAAAGUUGGGCAGGACUCGACAGUGCUGCUCAUCUGCAUCACGGUGUUCCUGUCCUACCUGCCCGAGGCCGGGCAGUACUCUAGCUUCUUCCUCUACCUGCGCCAGAUCAUGGGAUUUUCAGCUGGCAGUGUUGCUGCGUUCAUUGCUGAGCUCGGAGUUUUAUCAAUUCUGGCACAGACGCUUGUGCUGAGCGUGCUAAUGCGGUCGAUCGGGAACAGAAACACCAUCCUCCUGGGACUUGGCUUCCAGAUGCUGCAGCUCACGUGGUACGGGUUUGGCUCCCAGCCCUGGAUGAUGUGGGCGUCGGGCGCCGUGGCCGCCAUGUCCAGCAUCACAUUCCCCGCCGUGUCGGCGCUCGUCUCGCGGAACGCCGACGCCGAUCAGCAGGGCGUGGUGCAGGGCAUGGUGACGGGGAUCCGGGGGCUGUGCAACGGCCUGGGCCCCGCACUCUACGGCUUCAUCUUCUACCUCUUCCACGUGGAGCUGGACGAGCUGCCGGCAAUGGGCGAUAGCGCUGCCCCCCAGGGCGAGCCUCGCACGCCGCACCGGCCCUCCACGCAGCAGACCAUCAUCCCGGGGCCACCGUUCCUGUUCGGCGCCUUCCUGGUGCUGCUGGCGCUGCUCGUGGCCCUGUUCAUCCCCGAGCACACGGGGCUGGCGCCCGCGUACAGGAGGCACGCGGGGGGUCACGCGGGGGGUCACGCGGGGGGCCACGCGGGGGGCCACGCGCACUCGCCGCCCGUGACGGAGGGCGAGGAGCCGCUGCUGCAGGACAGCCCCGUGUGAGCCGAGAGGGGGGAGAUGCGCGCGUGUGCGCGCGUCCACACGAGAGGCGACACUGUGCCCUGUGCCGACACGUCCCACCGUGCCCCAGCCGGCAGGUGUCUUACAAACAAAAACGAAGGCAACGGGGGCGAACAAAACAACAACGAAAAUCUACUCGUGUUUUUUUUUUGUGUGUGUUUGGAGAAGAAGGAAAAAAAACAAAACAACAAAAAAAACUUGACGUGAGGAGGCUGCCGCGCGUCAUCGUCGUCGUGAGCGUCGCCGAAUUGAACUGCGGAGAAAAUCGCCGUCUUGUUCGAUGGGAAGGCGGGGGGGGGGGGAGAGACGUCCCAGGAGAUGGAACGACGGGUCGGCGAUCCCGUCCGCCCGACCGCCGAGGGGUCCCGUGUUUCAUUGGGCGCGCCAAGCAAUGAAGGCCGCCAACGCGUUUUGGGAGGGUAAAAAAAAAAGGCAGCUGUGUUGUUUUAUAAGCUGUACAUUUGUACGAAGUGUAAAUGUUUGCUUGUGUGUGUGUGUGCGUGCGUGCGUUAUCGCUGUCCGGUCCCCUGAGCCGCCCCACCUCCCGGUUGUGAAGAAGUCGGUGGGACGUUUAUUGUUUUAGUUUGUUCUCACUGUCACGUGAGUUUUAUUGUCAGACUUAACCGGCUCAGGAGGCCUUUCAGAAUUAUAGCCCCCUUGCUCCCACUGCUGCUGGGUAACAAAGGUAGUUUCACUGUACACCUGAUUUUCGGUUUAAAAUCUCCUGGUGUGUUAUUAUUGUUGUUGUUGGCAUCUUGUCAUGGCAGGCGGUCUGCACCCCCGAUUAGAACGGUUGGCUACGUACGGCGCGAGUGGUGUGCCGCGUGGCAUCGUGUCGGCCGAUGGCCUGUGCGGAGAUGCUUAUUGAAGUCACCUCAACACAGAGCUCUCUUCCAACACGAGGCAGAACAGCUUUCUUGCUCUCCAUCAAGAAAGAGCUUCGGCGUGGCAGAUUGUAAAGUUUCGUGCUCAGAACUGGCAUAAGCUGAAUCGAGCCAAAACCAAAUUAAACGUUGGGAGUUUCUUUUAAGCGCAGCGAAUGCUUCACAGAAUCAAGGGAAUUAAUUCGCUCGCAGCUCGCUCACCAAGUGGCCCGGUUUCGCUGUGACUGGAACCCGGAUUUGAACCUAGGCUCUCAUUUGUCGUUGGCUUAGUGCUUUGACGUGGCCAUUGAGACCCUCUUGAGCCACGUGACCAGCCACGUCUGCUUCACCUGCGCACCUACCUCAAAGCCCCUGGACAUGUCUUUUUUUGUCCUCACUAAACUCCACCACCUGCAGCAAAGCAUUAUCACCCACGAGCAAAAUAACUAAAAGACCGUUCUAUUUGUUUGCUUAAUAAGGUUGCUGUUGUUACACUGCGACCUUUAAUUUAUUACCCCUCGAGAAAAAUGGGUGGUUCGAGUUGCAUUCACUUUGGGAAUGGUAGCAUCUCUCUCGGGGGUCUUUACAGCGAUGCCCCCCCCCCACCCGUGCCCACUAUUUGAGAGGUCGAUCCUCUGGGUGGCUGAGCAGUCAUUCAAGCAUUCAUUACAGCCGAUGCCUACAAUGACACUGCACGUCCCCCAUCGCUUCCUUCCUGCUGCCAGAUCUCAGUCGACACUCGGUGGUCCACCCUUACGGCCGUAUCCCCAUAUGUCCCUUUACCUUGGGGGUACGGGCUGCUCGAAUAUUAGUCGCUUGCCCCCCCCCCCCCCCCCCCCCCGCUUUCUCCGAUUGUGCCAAUGUUUGGUUAAGCGUCUCGCAGCACAGAUGCACGAUCACAGAUGGGCUUCAGAUUCUAAACGUCGUGGAGUUUUAAGGUCGGCUUAGGACCGUCGUGUGGAUUUUUCGGGUGGUUCGCCGUUGCGCACGAGUUUCACAACAUCUCCGCGUCGACGGCCGUGGGAGUUGUACGGCGGCAGCGUCGUUGCCCGUUAAGCGGCACGGUUCCGGUCAGCCCGAAGCUAAACAAAAAGAUUCGCGCCGUCUCGAAAGUCGGGGUCGAUGGGUUCCAACUGUCGUUUGCGUGGGUCUCGCAGCGCUGGGACUCAGCUUGCAGCUCGCGAGAGAAAAGAAUGCACGGAUCAGUGACUAAGAUCCAGCUUCUGUUUGUCCAUUUUAGGGUUGGACACCUCGUUUGGCCAUUAGCUGAUAAAGCCACGAUAUUGCUGAUGAGGCUCGGUAAAGUUGAAACCUCGUUGAAGUUGCCUUGCGUUCUAAAGGAAUGCUUGCUUAGAACGCUUAUCAGAUUGGGGUGAUGGGAUAAAUAUAAUGAAAUGUAAGCAAUUUAAACAACAACAAACAAC